AUGGAGGAUCAGGUGGGAAUUGCAACGCUUAUUGAGGAUUAUUUCUCGGGGCUGUUUUCUUCUUCCAUUCCUUCAGAGGAGGUUUUGGCUGAGGUGGGUGAUGCUAUCUCUUCACAGCUUUUAGUGGAUAACAUUCGGAUCAUUUUUGAGGCUUUUACAGGUGAUGAGGUAUGGGGUGCUCUUCGAUCUAUGGAUAUUCUAAAUGGGGCCUCAUCUAUCAGGUCUUGGAAUAAGACCAAUGUGGUUCUCAUCUCCAAAAAGGAUUCACCUGAGAUUGUGGUAGAUUUUAGACCCAUCGGCCUAUGUAAUGUGAUCUACAAGAUUAUCACAAAGACCAUUGCUAAUAGGCUGAAGCGGGUUCUUAGCAGAUUGAUCGGAUGCUUUCAGUGUGCUUUUGUCCCAGGGAGAUCUAUUCAGGACAAUGUCAUUGUUGCUUUUGAACUUCUGCACACAUUGCAGAAGAGGAGACAUGGUCAAUCUGGCACUGAAGUUGAAUAUGAGGAGAUUGAGUCUAUCAUUAUGAGAUUCUGGUGGGGAUCAAUUUCUGGUGAGAGAAAGAUUCAUUGGGUUAAGUGGCAGAAGGUGGAUCGGGAAGACAUUUCACUUAUCCCACUGCCCCCUUCUCAUGUCCCUGACAGGUUCAUUUGGCAUUAUGAGGAGAAGGGGUGCUACACGGUCAAGAGUGGAUACUGA